GCAUGGGGUGAGCUCAGGUGAGUUUGCAGGCUGAGUUUGCCUUCUUUCCUAAGAGGCUGGUGCUGAUUUACUCAAAAGCAAGACCUGUGGAAAUGCAGCAUGUACUUAUAUGGCGACCUGUAAUAAUUUUGUCAUUCAUUCCCUCUGCCCCUUUUUUUUCCCCCAGAUAAAUGGCUCAUUUAAACUGGGGGCUACUGAAAUACUCUCUGGCUGGCAAAUGCAGUGCCUAGCAGCAGUCAUCAAGGACGAACCAAACAUGAGUGGUGGAGGGGAGCAGGUCGACAUUCUCCCGACCAACUACGUGGUCAAAGAUCGCUGGAAAGUGCUGAAGAAGAUCGGUGGAGGUGGCUUUGGGGAGAUCUAUGAGGCGAUGGAUUUGCUGACCCGUGAGAAUGUGGCCUUGAAGGUGGAAUCGGCUCAGCAGCCCAAGCAAGUUCUCAAGAUGGAAGUGGCUGUCCUGAAAAAGCUGCAAGGGAAGGAUCAUGUUUGCAGAUUUAUUGGCUGUGGAAGAAAUGAAAAGUUUAAUUAUGUGGUCAUGCAGCUUCAGGGCCGAAAUCUUGCAGAUCUCAGAAGGAGUCAGCCUCGAGGGACUUUCACACUGAGCACAACGCUGCGAUUGGGCAAACAGAUUCUGGAAUCAAUAGAAGCCAUUCACUCUGUGGGAUUCCUGCAUCGUGACAUCAAGCCUUCCAACUUUGCCAUGGGCCGCUUGCCUUCAACGUACAGGAAGUGCUACAUGUUAGACUUUGGUCUGGCCCGUCAGUACACCAACACUACUGGGGAAGUCCGACCACCUCGUAACGUUGCGGGUUUCCGAGGAACUGUCCGCUAUGCCUCCGUGAAUGCACACAAAAACAGGGAGAUGGGUAGACACGAUGAUCUGUGGUCCCUCUUUUACAUGUUGGUGGAGUUUGCUGUUGGUCAGCUUCCGUGGAGAAAGAUCAAAGAUAAGGAGCAGGUUGGCAUGAUAAAAGAAAAGUAUGAGCACCGAAUGCUGCUAAAACACAUGCCUUCAGAGUUCCACCUUUUCCUGGAUCACAUUGCAAGCCUAGACUACUUCACCAAGCCAGACUAUCAGCUAAUCAUGUCAGUUUUCGAGAACAGCAUGAAAGAAAGGGGCAUCACUGAAAAUGAAGCCUUUGACUGGGAGAAGGCUGGUACAGAUAUCUUGUUGUCCACUAGCACCUCAACUCCACCACAGCAGAACACCAGGCAAACAGCAGCCAUGUUUGGGGUGGUUAAUGUCACUCCAGUACCCGGGGACCUGCUCCGUGAGAACACUGAGGAUGUCCUACAGGGUGAACAUUUGAGUGAUCAAGAGAAUGCUCCUCCCAUCCUGUCAGGUCGGCCAGUGGAAGGUCUUGUUCAGGCUCCAAAUACAGCUUUCAAUGAGGGUGAAGUUUGGGAAGAGACAGAUGUGAAUCGCAACAAACUCAGGAUCAGCAUCAGCAAAACUCAGUGCAUGGUGGAAGAGGAGCAGAGAAACGGGGUGUGCCCCAGUUCCCCUAUCCGAGUGCCUCCGGAGUCCCCGACCACACAAGUGCGCUCCCUCCGCUACCGCCGCGUCAACAGCCCCGAGUCAGAGCGGCUCUCCACGGCUGAUGGAAAAGCAGAUCCACAUGAAAGAAGGUCUCGGAUGGAUAUCCCCGGCUCUCCCUCCCGGCUCGUGUGCUCCUCACAGCCAGCCCAGAUGCUGUCCAUCGACACGGGCCAGGCUGACCGGCAGGCGAGCGGCAGGAUGGACGUGUCCGCCUCCGUGGAGCACGAGGCCCUCAGCAACGCCUUCCGCUCCGUGCCGCUCGCAGAGGAGGAGGACUUUGACAGCAAGGAGUGGGUUAUCAUUGAUAAGGAGACAGAGCUGAAGGACUUCCACCCCGGUGCUGAGCCAAGCACCUCUGGAACCACGGAUGAGGAGCCUGAGGAGCUAAGGCCUAUUGAAGAUGGGGAAGAGAGAAGGCGCCUGGGGGCAGAUGCUGCAGUGAGGCCGAAGACUCACGAUGGGCGAAGCCGGGGUAUGCUGCCUGUGACUGAGGAGGACAGUUCCCAUAGACAUGAAGGACCUUCUCAAACAGUGUCUGACAGUAGACAUGAACAGCAGACAGGAAGUCCAGCCCACUCCCCCUUACAUUCAGCACCAGCUCUCCGACAAAGGAGACGAGAAUCUGAGCCUACUGGUCCCCAGAGACAGGCAUACAUGCUGAAGUCGUUUGAAAUGAAUGGCCUUCCCAAGGCAGUCCCUUUAAGUUUGCCUUACCAGGACUUCAGAAAAGAUAUGUGCAACUUCUGGGAAAAGCCUAAGUUAUCCCAGCGGAUAAAGAAAGUUGAUUUCUCAAAUAUUGUCUUGACUGCUCCUUGCAAACCUCUGGAACCUUAUCUGGAAAUGAAUGGAAAGGAGGAGCAGGAGGAGGAGGAAGAAGAGGAGGAAGACUACGAGGAGGAGGAAGAUGAGCAGGAUGAAGGGGAGGAGGAAGAGGAGGGCAAUGAGAUUGACAUGCACAGUGAUUCGAGCAGCGACUUGAGUCAGAAAAGCACAGAGCGCAGCCAGGAGUGUGCACCGUCCACGCUCCUGGCUGAUGACCAGAAGGGGUCCAAGGGUCGAGCAUCCACUGCUGAUGGGGACCUGGAGCUGGAGGAAGGCUCAAAAACGUUAGUGCUGUUUUCACCAGGUGAUCUGAAAAAGUCUCCAGUGGCUGCAGAUUUACCUCCAGAAGUUGAUCUGGGCACUCUUGCUGCACUGACACCCCAGAGCGAGCGGCCGCAGCCCAUGGGGAGCCAGCUGGACGUGUCUGAGCCAGGGACCCUGUCCUCAGUCCUUAAAUCUGAACCAAAGCCUCCCGUGGCAGUGGCUACAGCUUCCUCCCCGUUCACCAAAGUGGAGCGCACCUUUGUUCACAUUGCCGAGAAGACCCACCUGAACGUGAUGUCUUCCGGCGGGCAGCUGAUGCGGCACGAGGAGUGCUGCCCCCCGGGACAGUUCGAGGAGGUCAUCGUCAAGGAGGAGCUGGACCACCACGACCUGGUGCUGCUGGAGAACGGAAGCAUUCACUCCGGGCUGGAAGGGGCAGAGAUGGAGAGCUGCGCACUGUCAGCCAACCCUGUCGAGACCGCCUCGGAGACCGCGGGGGAGCAGCCGGCCCUUUCCAACGGCGCGCCAAAGCUUCCCGAGGAUGAGCCAGAGCUCUCCGGCAAAGCGCUGCUCUCGCUGGAUUUGGAAGAGCCUGCCAAGGUGGCUACCAGGGAGCCUGGCCUCGAGAAGGCAGCAUCAGCAACAGAACACCUGAAGCGAGCAGAGACCCUCCUCGAGACGCCACAGCAGGGCCCCAGGAGGCCGCUGGGCUCCAGGUACAGAAGCCGGAUACCCAUUUUGUUCUCUGAGGAGGACACUGGCUCAGACCUUUCAACUUCACUCUCAGCCAAAGAAAGGCUUUAUAAGAGGGCAAAGCAGCCUGACCUGGCUCGCCUGGUGAUGGAGAAGAGACAGAGCCGCCUCCUCCGGCUGGCCUCAGGCGCCUCCUCCUCGGCCUCGUCCAGCGACGAGCAGCGGCGAGCCUCCGAGACCCUGUCAGCCACCGGUUCUGAGGAGGACACCCAUGACUCCGAUGACUCCAUCCCACGGAAGGGAGAGAAGAAGGCUGCACUGCUGGGAAAAGAAGAGAGAGCCAUAAGCACAAGGAGCAGAAUUCCUCGUCCCAUCGUGCCAGUGAAAACACCGCUGGAGGUGGCAAAGUCGGAGAGCUCUGUGGCUGCUGCAGUGGCAGGGCUGGGCAGCUCCCCACAGGAUGCAGCUGCUGCCUGCAGGCUUCAGACACAGAGCCCAGCUGGAAGUGUCCCCUACGAGGGCCGAACAACACAGGUACAAAGUCGGCUUCCUUCGUCACCAAGUUCCACUUCUCUUCCUCCACGGAGCAGCUCGCAGAGGUCCGGCGGUGCAUCCCCUCGGAGCCCUGUCAUUCCUUCCAGGAACCCCAGUACUUCCCCCAGAAGCCAGCUGCUGCCUCGGAGGGAAAGUCCUUCUCCCUGCCGGCAGCAUAAACCAGGGACAGCUCCUCAGCGAGUUCCUCCUUCCCCCCGACCUCAGCCCUCAGCUCAGGCCCCGGGGCCUACAGGAGAUUCCCUGCCAUCUCCUGGCGUGGCCAAAAAACGACAAAGAGGAAAAACCCAAAGUCCAGCAACCAAAGGAAAGCAGGUGUCCCUGGAAAGUAAGGCAGCUGCCAGAUAAUGACCUUCUCCUGCGAGCCCGGCAGACUGGGUAACUUCACGUAUAGUACACAAUUGAGAUGCUGCAGCACAGCCUUCCAUGCUGGACCCACGAGUGUAUAGCAGUAGCUGUACUUGAAUGCUUCACUCACUCUCACCCCACACCGCAGUCAGCUGCCACAGGCCUGGCAGCCUCCGAGCCACGGAGCUUUUCCAAGGGAGACACCCAGCCCGCAGAUCACGCUUGCUAAUGCACAGCACCGAACCGUGACCCAGGCAGCCUGCCCAGAGCCUGACCUGCCUCCCUCCCCAGGGAUUCCCCUCUCUCCUAGCAAUACCAGUCCUCAACAUCGGCUCCAGCUGUGGAAAGAGGAGCAGAGGUGACAAGAGCAAGGCCUGCUAAAGAGGGAGGUCCUGUCCUGCAGGCAGCUCCUUCCUUUCUCCUUGCUGGGAAAACACCAGCCUUGGUCGCCCAUCACCAUCUCCUUGAGCGUUGGCUCACCUCCCGCCACCUGUUAGCAAGGGAUUGCCACUAGCUUAUUCAAGAGGGAUGGAUGCAUCCUUGUGUGCUGAGAUAAGAGAAGGGGUAAGGAGGAGAGGGCUCUUCUGUCCUUUCCAGAGAUGCCUCUACAGGUAGGAAUUAGGAGACAGGCAGGUCUUGCUGGAUGCUCCUACCUGCUCCGGUGUGUCCCACAGAGGAGGCUGUCUAGCAUUGCUCCUCAGACACUGCUGCUGUUUGAGUGUGGUGGGUGCUUAGGUGGAAGUAGGGAUGUGUUGGCAGCUUGCUGGGAAAUCAAGAGCUCUUGCUAAUUAAUGUAGAAGGGAGCACACUGCAGCCACUUUUGUCACAAAUACCUAACUGUGAUCUGUGGACAUCACAUCCCCCAGCAGAGGUGGUUCCUGUCAGCCUGAGCAUGGUUGGUGCCACAGACUUGUAGUCCACCAAACACAGCUCCAUCAUGAAGAUGUGAAUAGUCACUGGAUGCCUUUAGCCUGAGUGCCCCUUGCACCUGAAUUCUUUGUGUUUUAUUGUCACGCUCUUGGUGUUUGUGAAUUUUGGUACUGUGGUUGAAAGUUCUUCUACAGGGCAGGGUGGGAAGUUAUUACCCUGUAGUAUACCCCAAAACCUGCUGCUUUGCAAUGAGAGGUUUGCUGGCAUGCCAUGGCCACGUGCAUCUCUAUCUGAGGGGACAGUGGGUUGAGUGGCAGAGGUGGGGUUUGUCUUUUCCUUAGUGCUCACCUCUGCCACACGUUGAGGAUGAACAAUAAAAGCAAGGGCUGUGCUCUUCAAGUAAUAAUAUCUGAGCACAAGCUUGACACUCAGCUAGAGCUAAAUCAACCAUUUAACCCCCAGGCUGAUUAGGAAGUCUUGAAAGUAAAAGCAAGGAGGACUGAUACCUGUCUGAUCUUGAUGAGAUCUUGAAGUGGACAAAAUUUCCCCCACGCCUCACAGGAGAAAACACUCCAGACCCAAAUACUUUGUGCUUCUCACCAUUGUCAUGCCUAAAAGAGGCUUUGCAUAAGGCAGAACAAAAAUACAGCUGCUCUGUACACCCAUUCUUGCAGUUGCAACUACCUGCAAAUAUUUACUAUUUACAGACAACAAAGCUCGACAGAGCAAUCUGAACAGUAGUAAUAAGCUUGAUUAAUUUGAACAUGAAUGCAGACAGUGACACUGAUGGCCAUCGAGUUCAAGGAAUCCUGAAGCUGCUCAUAUCUACAGGAGUCCUGGAAAGGAGUAUGAGGGCUGUGACGGGGUGGCUGGGAGAAAAGAGUACUCCUUGCACACCUGAAUAGGGAAAUGUGUAGAAACAGGAGACAGGAAUUAUCUCUUCAUAUGACAGUCUCAGUGCUGCCAACACUAAGAAUUUAUUUCUCCUAGCUCAAAGUGUUUUCCAUUGAUGUGGUUCACCCUGGUCGAGUAGGCAGCACAGCUUAGUCGGAAAACAUGCCCUCAUCUUUGCAGAGCAGCACUGGGAACUCAGAGGGAGCUCAGUCUGUGGUCUGAUGGACUGAGCUGAUGUUCUAAUCAAAAGCAGCAUCCCCCCAAGUUCCACCUGCUUCGUUGCACAGUUCCACCACAUUUACACUGCAGCAGCUGUUUGAUAAAGUGGCCGGAAAUGCUGAUCCAGCACGACACAAACUGCUGAUUUGCCACUUUGGUUUUCAUCUGGUUAAUUUCAUCACUCUGGUUCACCAUUUGGUGACACAACAGAAAGAAGGACACACAGAGACUGUGACCACUUCUUCUGGUGGCACUAUAACUUUCUCUGAGUUUGAAGUGUGGGUCAGACUAGAACCUAAGUACGUGCUGCAGGUUUAGAAACCAGGAAACAGAAUAAACUCAAAGACAGAUCCUUUGCAGAAGUAUAAAUCAUAAUGAACUCCUAUUAAUUUAUUGGAGGUCUAUUAAUUUUAGAGUGCUCAGGUGGUAAGACUUGGUUGUGAAGCCUUUACCAGAUGGUCCAUCCAGGUCUUAAUUAACAUGCCAAAAUGACAUUGAAAGAGCUUUGAAAGAGGACUACAGGACUAUUAACAGGAUUAGCAAACCUGCCUCAUCAUGGAAAACCAAUAAAGCACAAUCAGUGUAUUUGUUCAGGAAAAAGUUUAAAGGACAGUUUUCUGUGGCCCUAUGCCAGGAAGGAAGCUCCAGGGCAGAGACAAGGCUGGGUUGGACAGAGCAUCCUGCCUGGUCUAGUGGCAGGUGUCCCUGCCCAUGGCAGGGGGGGCCUGAAACUGGAUUAUCUUUAAGGUCCCUUUCCAACUCAAACCAUUCUAUGGUUCUGUGGUUCUGUGAUCUUCCUCUGGCACAUGAAAGCAGAGAAGUCAGAGCAGCCAAGAACAGCAGAUGAAGAAAUCAGGCAGGCUUUUAAUUGUGAAACAACCAUCCAGUGAAGUCUUUCACAGGACUGUGGGGACUUUUUCUUAUUAAAAGGUUUCUGUGAAACUGAGCUGUCUUCUAAGAGGUCUAUCUACCAUGACCCAACCACAAGAAGCAGGUGGGAUUCUGGUGACACCAAGGUAUCAAUCUCUCUCUCUCUGGUGCAGUGGAUUCCUGGUC